GAAAACUGCACUUCCAAAUCGACACAAACCAGCUCAGCUCGCAGUUUAUUUGGGCUAAACCCCGCCGGGAUCAGUGUUUGGACCGAGUUUAGUUCCAUCGAUAGUGGUCAGUGGAUGAGAAUUGAACGAAUAUGACGUCAGCGGUAUCACCCACUUCGGACUGGGUGCGGGAAAGUAAUCUGCUCUGGUACCACCGCUGGAUCAUCAAAGUGCUGAAGGGUGGUCCGAUCCCGCAGCAUGUUGCAUUCAUUAUGGAUGGAAAUCGUCGAUUCGCUCGGAAAGAAAACAUUGCCAAGGCCGAGGGACAUUCCAAGGGGUUCGAUAAACUGUCCGAGACGUUGCAAUGGUGUCAGGAUAUUGGGAUUCGGGAAGUAACGGUCUAUGCUUUCAGUAUAGAGAAUUUCAAACGAACCAAGGAAGAGGUGGACACGCUGAUGAAUUUAGCGAGAGAUAAAUUCAAGAAGUUGCUGGAAGAAAGAGACAAACUGCACGAACGAGGAAUAUGCAUAAGAAUCAUUGGAAACAUGAGUCUUCUACCGGUCGACAUUCAGAAAGUUAUGGCCGAAGCCGUGUUAUUAACGCAAAACAACACGGAAGCAUGUUUGAAUGUCGCAUUUUCCUACACCUCUCGAGACGAAAUCACACAUUCCAUUCGAACCGUUGCGGAAGGAGUACGGGACGGGCAGCUACAAGAGGACGACAUCGACGAGGAAGUCCUGACUAAAUGCAUGUAUACGAAGCACUGCUCCGACCCGGAUCUGCUGGUACGGACAUCCGGCGAGGUUAGACUGAGCGACUUCUUGCUGUGGCAAUCGAGCUCGACCGUUAUCUACUUUACGGAAACUCUGUGGCCAGAGUUCAACAUUUGGCAUCUGUUCGGGGCGGUGUUCUACUACCAAAGGUGCCACUGGCAAACGAGUGCAAUUAAGGAUGUGCUUCUGACGGAGGCGAAGGCAUCAGCUGACAGCGAUACCACUGCCAAGCGGGACGAACGGGUGCAGACAUUUUUGGAAGACGUCCAGCGUAAGGACCAGGAGCACUUGGUGAAGCUGACCAGUGCAAUGGCAUUAGAAUAAUAAAGGGA